AUGAAUACUCCAAACAGAGCUGCCGUUGUACAUCCGCAAUACGACGCCCAGUCUACUCAGCAGUUACUCGCUCUUGUUCAACAUCUUCAGGUUACAUCGAGGACUAUGGCCAAGCAAACACCCGCAUCCGACCAGAAGAACAGUACCAUCGUCACCGAUAUUGGCGAUUAUCUCAUCCAGGCUGCGCAGGCAUGGGCACAGAUGACAGAUGCUCUGGUGGAAAGCCGGCAGGUUCAGCAAGCAGUGGUUGAUGCGCAUGAACAAGCCAUGGUCAACAAUCAUCUAUCCGAUCUUUCUACUGUCGUCUCUAUGGAUGUCGAUCUCACAAAGCUCUCCAAAAUCCGCGAUUUAACAGCGCAAUUCUCACGAGAUGUGAAUCAAGUUUGGCAGAAUGAUGCGCCGUGUCCAGGGAAAUCACCGUGA